GGAUGAGUGAGGGGGAGGUCUUGGAUGUGAUCAGAGCAACCGGACACCGAGCGCUCCAGCGGCUUCUGUCCGCUCACAUGACACCAAAGGCCGGCGGAGGCUCGGCAGAGUGUGCGGGGUUGCAGGUUGUAAGAGGGGGCGCCUUGAUCCGUCUUGGACCGCCACAAUGCUCGCCGGACUGCCCGACGCCAACGGCGACACAACAAAGUCAUCAACAACAACAGCAACAACAACAAUAAAGAAGGACAAACACCCCGACACUCACACGGUGUAAGCGUGAGUGCAGAUGGUUGUUCGACUAUGUGUGCCCCGCGACUGGCUGGCGACCGGUUCAGGGUGUCUCCUGUCUACUCCCCGAAGGCGGCUGGGAUAGGUUCCACCACCCGCCGCGACCCUUCAGAUGGCGUCCAUUUUGUCUUGUCAAGCGGACAAGGUGGACAAAGCGGGCUGGCUGCGAAGGUUCUGCGGCAAAGUACUGUUCCGGGAGAUCUGGAAGAACCGCUUCGUCAUCCUCAAAGACCAACAGCUGAUGGUCUGUGAGAAAGAGGGUCGCGCGGGCGCUGACGAGGUUUUGGACUUGAGCCACUUCGGCAGCUGCGACGACGUCAAGAAGCACAAAAAGAAAAAUCGAAGCAAAAAGAAUCACAGCAAGUUUACACUUCAACGAUGCUGCUCAGCAAACAACACGGUGGUGAGCGUUCUGUUCCUGGCAGUGAGUCCUGAAGACAAAGAGUCAUGGAUCAAUGUGAUCAACGUCGCCAUCACGAGGGCCAAGAACAAAAUCCUGGAUCAGGUGACCACAGACGAGACUCAGUUGUGUCACCUGACCCGAGACCGAGCCAGGAUCGGUCAUGGUCGCCGCCUGCCGAGCCGAGGGCAUCUGCUGGCUGUGGCGUCUUUGUCAGACGGGACCAUGACUUUGGAUCUGAUUCACGAGGAAGACGUUCCAACAUCAUGCAAACCCGAGAGCGGCGACUUAGAAUCCCCGCUCGCCUCGUCCCAUGACGGGUCCAUACCGCAUGGGACAUUCUUCGUUGGGACUGCUCAAGCUUCUGGGAAGUCGCAGAGUCUUCCUCGUGAGGCACCGGCAAAGCAGCCGACAGGUCCCACCUGCACUUUCGGGCCAGGAAAUGAAUCCAGGACAUCCCAGAAGAACCGCUGCGCCUCAAUGGAUGAGAUUUCCAGCCACUCGGACAAGAACCGGGCCACGCCACUGCGCUCGGACGCCUCUGCGUCCGUAAGUCGCCUGCACCGCCUUAUCAGCCUCAAGGUGGCACAGACGGAGCAGCUGCUGGCGGCCACACGGGAUGCGCACGAGUUUGACCGACCCAAAGGCAAAGAUGGAAAACGGAUAGAGUCAGUGGAGGAAAUGAGAAUGGAAGCCUCCAACCUCCUGAAGGAGGCACUGGCAGCCCUGGAGCAGGCCCGCCGGGUCCUGCAGGAGGUGAAGGAGCUCAGGGAACUCCAUGGCCAACUGGACCAGUUCCAAAAGAAACCGGCACCAGCACAAUUCCCCAAACUGAAGCCACAAAAUGGACAAGCAAACAGUGGGAUCGAGUAAAAGGAAAACAUCAACAUCUUCUGUGUUAUUCUAACUCAAAUCUGCGUGUAAGCUAACAACGCAACAUGCUAACUCAUUCAACGUACCCUGCUGCUUUCACUGUCAUGCUUGGAAACAUUACUGACAGCCACCAGUAGAUGGCAGCGUUGUACCGUAUCAGAUCAGCAGCUCAGUUAGUGACAGUUUGUGUUGUGGUCGUGAACGCAGGUAUGCGCGCGCGUGCGCGACAAAAUACAACAGAGCUCUUGAAUGUAUGACGAGGAUGACAGUCGCUAUGUAAUGAGCCACUCAAUCUGGUGAGUUUACAGCUGCUCACGGCAAGUUUGUCCUGGUUGAUGUACUCUUUAUUUUGCAAUCAGAAGCCAUUCCUACAGCGGGUGUUGCUUUCGAGAAUAAAAGCACAGUGAGAUCAAAUGUUUGAGGUGUCACGAUAGCCUAAAAAAAAUAUUGUAUCCAAGUCACUGUUGUGCUUGAUGUAGCCAUGGAGCAAAGUAAAAGAGGAAACCCGUCAAUCUGCUUGUUUCUUCUUCAUUGGAAAUGCCCGCUACAUUUGUUUGGGUGAAUACAACCGUGACAAGAAAAAUAACUCAAGGGUUGGUCCCACGGAUGCGCUUUUGCAUGCAUGUUUCCUUGAGUUUUCCUAACCAAAAUCACUUGAGUUCUUCUGGCAGCUUUUAUGCAAGUCAUGUUUUGAUUUCUGGGCGUUCGUGACAGCAGGCAUUCCGAUAAACAAGAAAUUGAAGAUACCAAGAUAGUCUGUCUGCUCAGUUUUGACUGACCCAAAGUUCAUUUUUGCUGUUUCUUUUUUUUUUUUCCCUUUGAGGCGGUAGCGGGUGGACUUCAUUUUUGUUUAACUGCGGAUUACCAAAUCCCAUAUCCCAGUGAGAUUUUGGAGGUUUGCAAGUGUGUGCUCACGCAACCAUUUUCUUGACUUGUCAACUUUCAUAGAAUGUUGCAAACAAGUGUAAAGACGUCUGCCAGACAUUCCCACACAGUUGUAAAGAUUGCAAACAGUUUUUCUUGUCACCAUAAAAUUUUGAAUAAGAAAAACUUUUGGAGACCAUUAAAAUUGUUGCCCAAAAUUGUUGAACGAACCCUGCAGAUAAAACAACAUUAUGAUGAACAAGAUUAUGGCCUUAAAGAAGGACAAAAUGGAUCAGGCUGCAGUUGAUUUUCCCUGCUGAAGGAGGAGAGUCUAUUCCUUCGGGCAGAUUUGGUGUCUACUGUAUAUGGAGCCAAUAUUCUGUGGCUCUUUAAAAAUCCGCCCAAAUCCUCUGAAAACAGCUGACUAUCAUUGAGACCUCAAAGAAAGAGUGUGACAGGUCACAUUGCUUGUGGCAGUUUUAUUGAAAAACAAUGGCGUCAUGUGACCAUAUGACGAUGCUAGAAAACAACAAAAACACAAUUAAAAAAAAAAAGAAAA